CCCCAUUUUUUUACCACUUUGUUUACAAAGGAAAAAAAAAAGAAAAAGAAAAAAAGCAAAGAUGGAUAGGAAUCGCCUGCACAACCAAGUUGCCUCCAUGAGAAGGUCCCUCUUUGAUCAGGGUUACCUUGACGAUCAAUUCAUUCAGCUGGAGGAGUUACAAGAUGAUACCAACCCUAAUUUUGUUCAAGAGGUUGUCACCUUAUUUUACAAUGAUUCCGCAAGGUUAAUUCAGAACAUCGAACAAGCACUGAACAGUGGCCCUAUUGACUUUUGUAAACUGGAUGAUUACAUGCACCAGUUCAAGGGAAGCAGCUCCAGCAUUGGGGCUAAGAAGGUUACCAAUGAAUGCACAGCUUUCAGAGAAUACUGCAAUGCUGAAAAUGCUGAAGGAUGCAUUAGGAGUUUUCAACAAGUGAAGCAAGAGUAUGCAAUCUUAAAGAGGAAGCUCGAAGUUUAUCUUCAGACGGUGAGACAAGCUUCUCAAACAGCAUGA